AUCAGUUUCAGUUUCCUUCAGUUAUAUCAGUUUCCCUUUCAUUUUUCUAACUUUGUCAGUGAGUUCUGCUCAGUGACUGAUGAGACAUUCAAAUACCGCCUUUCUUUUCGAGGGUGGUAGCCAGAUGAGUCAAUUCUUGUAACUGAUCCUGCACAAGGAACUUCCAUUCCUGGGGAGAUGAUCCUGGCUGCCACCAAACCAUGGAGAAUCUGUCCUGCUGCUGGGGCUGCCGCCUGUGAUGGCCCAGGGAGGAGUCGGGCUGAGAUGGAGAACAUGGCAGGUUGCCCAGAAUCCUUCACAUCCAGGUUCCUCGUCAUCCUCCUCUUUCUCCAGCUGCUCACAAUGGGUUCAGCUCAGUUUUCUGUGAUUGGACCUGCUGAGCCUGUCCUGGCCUUGGAGGGGGGAGACACUGAGAUGCCCUGUCAUCUGAACCCUAAGGAAAGCGCUGAGUUUAUGGAGGUGAGGUGGUUCCGAUCCCGGCCCUCUAAUAUCGUGCACCUGUACGAUAAUAGAGAGGAGCUGUUUAGAGAGCAGAUGGAGGAGUAUCAAGGGAGGACAGAGUUGGUGAGAGAUGCCAUGGAUUAUGGGAGUGUGGCUGUGAGACUACUCAAUGUCAGAGUUUCUGAUGAGGGAAACUAUCACUGUUCUUUCUAUGACGGCAAUACUGUUGAUAGAGCCCCUCUGGAGCUGCAGGUGGUUGCUCCCCUUUUCCCGACGGCUCUGUCCUUGAUGGUGGCCCUGGGAGUGACCCUCCCUGUGCUGGGACUGAUCAUCGCUGGGGGUCUUUAUCUCAUCUGGAAACAGAACAUGGACAUAGAGAAACUCCUGGUCAAGCUCAGGUGGAGCCGGGCCCAAUUACACCAGACCAACGUCACUCUCGAUCCCCACACGGCGCAUCCCCAACUCGUCCUGUCUGAGGAUCGGAAAAGGGUGUCACUGGGAGACACACGGCACGGUCUGCCCGCCAACCCCGAGAGAUUCAGUGAUAAUUGGUGUGUGCUGGGCCGCGAGCGCUUCACCUCCGGGAGACACUGCUGGGAGGUGGAGGUCGGGGAGAAAAGAAGUUGGUAUCUGGGGGUUUGUAGGGAAAAUAUGAGGAGAAAAGUGGGGAUCUCGGAGUCACCUGCGGGUGGACUCUGGGCCGUGAAGAGAGAUAACGGUGAAUACUGGGCGAUCACCUCUCCUCGCGUCCCUCUCCCCCUGACCACCUCCCCCAGCCGGGUGGUGGUUUACCUGGACUACGAGGCCGGAGACGUCUCCUUUUACAGUGGCACCGACGGAUCCCACAUCUACACUUUCCCCCGCGCCGCCUUCUCUGGGGCCCUCCGACCUUUCUUCUACCUUUGGUCCUAUGAUUCAGUCCCCCUGAUCAUCUGCCCUGUGCCCGAUGGGGCUGGGGGAGACCCGGUCCCUGCCCACUCUCGAGAUCUCAAUGACCCCCCCCGGGGGAGGACCAGCCUCAGCCGAUGUCCCAUUGCUCCCCCCGCCCUAGCCGGAGCCGGGAGCCCCUCCUGCCCCUUAGGGAGCCGCCCGGCCCCUGCCCUCUGACCCCUGCAGCGCUCCUUCCCCUCCCGGGGCUGCAGCUGCCUGUGUCCCCGCCUCCUCAGCUGUGGGAUGGGUGGGGAGGAAGGAGCGAAUAGGGAAAAUUGUGUGAGGAAAAAGAAGCAGGUGGCAGCUCGGAGAAGCAACCCGGUUUUAUGGGCAAAGGGCCUGAGAGUCGGAGGAUCUGCGUUCGAGUCCCAGCUCGGCCACAGUCUGUUUUGUGACCUUGGGCAAGACA